UUGUUUUGGGUUUGUUUUUUUUUUUUCUCUGAUUGAAAUUUCCGUUUGGAAAUCAAUCAAAGGUCUCAUUCACUUGGGAGCGAAUCGCCGCUUGGGAACGUCGAGGUGGUAAACAUGCAAUUAAUUAAAUGCAGUAGUUGGAAGGUGGCUGCGAGAAAGCAUUUCCCAGAUACUGCUCUGCCGACGGUGCCAGUUUGUUUUUUAAAUUAAUGAGAGCAUAUAUCAUGCCGUCUCUGGCCUGUGGCUGCUGGCAGCUGGUCGGGCUGAUGGACGGGGAUGCCAGCUCAAUGCAUAAUCUGUUUUCUAAAAGCAAAUUGGAAUAUUAAAAAUUCAUUCCUCCCCUUGGCUCGCGCCUGCUCUCAGCGUUUUAAAUAAUGGGGUGAUUGACUUCGUGUUCAGCUUGGGGGAGGACGUUUCGUUCUGCUGACGGUUGCCGCAGCAUCCAUCGUACCUUGCCGGCGUCCGUCUGCAGGUGCAGCGUCCUUCCCAUGGCUCCCAGCCCCGUGGGGCGGUCACGGCCCGUAGCUGCUGGGGAUUGUCCCCGUGGCCGUGGGGCACAGCGUUGCCUGCAAACCCCGACCCCGGCGGGGAUCAGCCCGAUUCUCUCUUAGUCAUCAUGUCUAGGGACAAACGCGAGAAGCGCGGGGAAAAGCCUGGUGGAGGUUUCACGCCGAACCUGCUUGGAGAUGGUUGUCUCGAGGCGGGCGAGGGCUGCCCAGGGAGAGCAGUGCUGUCCCUGCGCGGCCCCAGCUCUCCCCUGAGGGCUCCGUUUUGUGGGUUGGUGAAAUUCGGUUUGGCCACGGCUGUGCGAUGGGUAACCCCGACCUAUCCCUGCGCGGUGGGAGCUCAGCGAGAGCGGGCGUGAGCAGAGAGGGAGUUUAACAGGAGCAGGUCUUCCAGGGCUGGUUGGCUCAGGGUUGGAUUUAAGGUUUUUGGGGCUGCCGGCCGUGUUGUCGCUGAGCGAGGGUGAUCUCCCCCGUGGCACUGAUGUAACCCGUUCCCUCCAGGGGCUGACGCACAAUGGCCCACAGCCAGUCUCGGAAGCGAUCGCGAAGCAGGAGCAAAAGCAAUUCUCGGAGCAGACAGGAGAGGAAGGAGAAGAAAAGGAGGAAAAGCAGCAAGGACUCGCGCCGGGGCAGCAGCUCUCCUCCGAGGAAGCCGGCCUCUGGGUCUCACAGCCACAAGUCAAGCUCAGCGGCAGCUAAGGAAGAAAAGAAGAAGGAAGGAAAGGAUAAAAAGAAGAGGAAGGCAAGUACCUCUUCCUCUGAGACAGCAUCUUCAUCCACCGGCUCCUCCUCGUCUUCCUCCAGCUCCUCUUCUGAUGACUCUACUGACAGUGACUCCAAAACAAAGAAGAGGCGACACGGCAAAAAAAAGCGAGCAAAACAGAAAGACAAAAAGAAGAAGAAGAAGAAGAAGAGAAUGAAGAAGAAAUCAAAAAAGAAGUCAAAGGAAAGGGCUAAGGAGGAGAAAGCCAAGGGAGAAGCGGUGCCCGGCCCCUCGCUGGAGCAGUGGCAGAAGGAGUCACUCGUGGACUCGGGACCAGUUUUGACAGACGAACAAAAAUCCCGAAUCCAGGCUAUGAAGCCAAUGACAAAGGAAGAAUGGGAUGCAAGGCAGAGUAUCAUAAGGAGAGUCGUGGAUCCUGAAACAGGGAGAACAAGGCUUAUUAAGGGAGACGGAGAAGUACUAGAAGAAAUCGUCACCAAGGAGAGACACAAGGAGAUUAACAAGCAAGCCACCCGGGGGGACGGGCUGGCCUUCCAGGUCAGGACGGGGAUGCUGCAGUGAGCACGCGAACGCCAGCCGUGCCGGGAGCCCGUCCUGCUGCCGGCGCCAGCCCAGGCGUGAGCCUGUCUCUGGACCAUGCAGACAGCACCGCGUCAAAAUGCUUCCCCAGGGGCAGUUUCUAGCCGCUCUGUAAGUUAUUGACUGGGAAGGAGAGCGACACUAAUGGUUCAUCUCCCAGUAAACAGCUUCUCCCCUCCCUCUCCUGACUGGGGCCAGCGUGGCUGUAACGCACUUAGACCUGCUUGCCCCGAUGCCCCUUUCGAGGCCGGAGGAGCUCAGCAGCACCCAGGAAACAAGCUCGCUGGUGCUGAGCACCUCAAGGUGCUGCUGCCCUUCAGCUCUGGGCUUUGGCGGGCAGGAGCCAGUGCUGUGGCCAGGCUAGGGUGUGUAUCAGGGCUGCAAAAUACGCAGCUGGCUGCCCCCUUUUCCCUUCAGGGGCUGCUCGUGGCCCCUUCCUUGCUGGAUCUGCAUGCCUCGUGCUUACCCGGUGCUGCAGGCUCGCGGGCCCUUCGCACUCGCCCACCCCGCCCGGAGAGGAGCAGCCGUGCCGCUGCGUGGCUCUGCUCCGGCUGCAGCUCUCCUCUGCGCCUUCGCGUGCCUCCCUGCGCCGUGCCCCAGGGGCUUUAACUCAGCCUUUCUGCAGCUUCAUCUCAUCGGGCAGCACUGGGGGAAGCACAGACCUGGCGCGCUGCACUGGGGUGCGGGCAGGCGUGACUUGCAGAGGGGUGGCUUUGCCUCGCUGUCUGUUCCUGCAUGCCACUUGUGUCCCUUCCCCACGGCGCAGGCCCCGGGCAGCAUUAGGGCUCUGGGCUUCUUGGGGUCUGUGCCCAUGGCCGCUGUGAAGCAAACAGCUGGCCUUUCCCCCACUGCAAAGUCCAUAAAUCCAGAAACUGUGGGAAAAAAGAGACAAAUGGGUUAAAGGACAAAUGGGUCCUGCGGGACUGAUCUGCGCGGAGGGUUUCCACGUUCUGUUUGUCGCUGUAACCCCAUUAAACUGGCGCCUGCUCA